CUGGGGUGGUUGAUGCCCUUCACACGCCAAUCGAAGCCAGGGCAGCUAGAGACACUGAGCGUACCGCACUGAAAAUGGAGUUGUGGCUUCCUUUGGGGAUUGUUCAGGGGUCAUGUUGAUCAGCUACACUUUUGCGCUGAGAAUUCAGUUGCGGCAAACAGGCUAACCCCGAUAUUAUUGCAUGCCCACACUUGUAUAGUUUAAUAUCUCUGCAGAGGCGUUUCGACAACCUCACUGGCUUGGUCCCGCCCACCAACUCACCCGCCUAUGCAUAUUUUAUGCUAAUGAGCAAGUGCACCAGCUCUUCAGGUGCUCGCCAAGCGCCUCGAGGAUGAGCCGGAUGGAGCAGAGCAGGCAGCAGCGGGAGUCCAGCCGGGGGGAUUUCACCAGGUGAUGCUGUCGAAACCUGACUGACUGAGGAUCUGCAAAACACGAAUGGAUCCCUACUUAGGACUUACUAGCUGGGAAAGGCUUUUGUACUUUUUCAUUUUAUAUUUUAGCUUAAUUUAUCCAGUGCAACUGUCAAGGAGUGAUGUGGACGUGGACAAUUCAAACUCAGAUGAAUUAUAUAACAACAGCACCAGGAUAAAGCAGCAGAAAUGGGACACCACUUCCCAGGGAAGGCAGGGAUUUCAAUCAACAGAUGUGCCAUUCGUUCCCAACACAUCAUCUUCAAUGGAAUCUCUGGUCAGUCAAAACGACACAACCACGACUGCCAAGGACUUGUCGAACACAUCUCUCAUCUCCAAAAGAAGACUGGACUUGAACUUUACAAAAUUUUCAUCAAUUGUAUCAGCCGGUACAUUACCAUCAAGACCAGAACAAUCCAAGCAACUACAAGUGACCACAGCAUCUCUCAGCCAACUACCAAAUAGAGCUGCAGCAUCCGGCAUGGACUCAACCAGCAAAGCACAAUCCAAACAAUCCUUAACCACCUCAGCAAUCUCUAAGCCAUCCUCAACCCAGACAGUGCUCAGGAGCCAGUCACCAACCACUCUGGCUUCAGCCAUCCAAUCGGACAGCCUUACAACAUCCUCACAUACAACACUAGCCAGAAAAUCCUCAGUCACCCCAUCGACUCAAGCAGGGAUACAGGCAAGUCAGUCAUCCUCCAGCCAAUCAACAGCAAGGCAGUUUCCAGUCAACCAAGCAGUAGCUUCUGUAAUUACUCGCCAAACAGCCAACCAAUCCAGAAAUAGAUUGGACACAUUGACCAGCCCACUGUCAUCAAAUCCAUCUCCUUCUGACAAAGCUCCGAUUGGUUCAGUCAAACCAUCAACCCAAGCACCAAGUAACCCAACAGGAAACCUUGCAAACAGAAUCUUCUCUCAUGAUGAACGUCCAAUUAAUGCUUCGGUUUUCACCAGAAAGGCAAAAGAAGCCCUGCGGUUUCAUUUGAUUUCAGAGUCAUGUUCUUUUCGAUGCCUGAAUGGUGGUUGGUGCACUCAAUCCAAGUCAUGUGACUGCAGCCUAUUUCAGGCCACUGGCCACCGGUGUCAGACAGUUCCAAAUCCUGGAGCUGAGAGGGAGAUGACAUGCAGAACCUGGGGUCAAUAUAACUUUGAGACCUUUGAUGGCCUCUACUACUACUUCCCUGGCCGAUGCACAUAUACGCUACUGAAAGAGUGCGAGGAAACACCUCAGGCCAGCAUCGUUGUCCAGGUUCCAAAUCCUGGAGCUGAGAGGGAGAUGACAUGCAGAACCUGGGGUCAAUAUAACUUUGAGACCUUUGAUGGCCUCUACUACUACUUCCCUGGCCGAUGCACAUAUACGCUACUGAAAGAGUGCGAGGAAACACCUCAGGCCAGCAUCGUUGUCCAGGUGCACAAUGAUGCAGACUGUGGCUCCGAGUCUUACAGCUGCCAGCGCUCGGUCAGCCUUUUCCUUCCAUGGGAGGGUGAGAUCCGGUUGCACGCCACUUACGUGACAUUCAAAGGGCAAAGUUUGCAGCUUCCACAUCACAUCCAUGACCUGCAUCUAGAGCAGAUCUCCCAGUACGUGUUGGUGUCGCAGACGCAAGGCUUCACGCUGGCCUGGGAAGGACGCAGCGGCUCAGUCUACAUUAAACUCAGCCCAGAAUUUGUGGGCAGAACCUGCGGCCUGUGUGGGAACUUCAAUGCAGAUGUAGAGGAUGAACUCAGGGCCAGCUACGGUGUCCUUACUCAUGAAAUAGAAAUAUUUGGAAACAGCUGGGCGGAGACAGCGCCUCUCCAGGCCCCAUGUCCCACGGUGCCUUCUGGUUUCCCCUCACCUUGUACAGAAGUCGAUGUGCAUCUCUUGCUGAAAGUGGAGGAAAUAUGUUUAAUGCUGCUGGAUCCACCAUUCCAAAGCUGCCAUGACUUUGUCAGCCCCUUGUCCUACAUGGCCAGCUGCUUCAACGACAUCUGCUUGUCAGGUCCAACUGAUGAUGCGGUAUGUCAAGUGUUUACGGAGUACUCCCGAGCCUGUGCCCAUGCUGAUCAUCCCCUGAGCAGUUGGAGGGACCAUAUUCCUCAGUGUGUGAAGGAGUGUCCUGAAGGUCUGCAGUACCUUGAAUGUAUCAGCUGUUGCCCAUCAUCCUGCAAGCAAGAGCGAACAUGCAUCGAUAGCAGGCUGGCCUGCCUGGAUGGAUGUUAUUGUCCCAAUGGUUUGAUACUUGAGGACGGCAGCUGUGUGAUGCCUUCUGACUGUCCCUGUGAGUAUCAUGGCGUGUCCUACCCAUCUGGACAAAUCGUACAAGAGGAAUGUAGAAACUGCACAUGUGUAGCUGGAUUGUGGAACUGCACCGAAUACAACUGCCCAGGUUGGUCUCCACCCUCUCGUGUCCUUACUCAUGAAAUAGAAAUAUUUGGAAACAGCUGGGCGGAGACAGCGCCUCUCCAGGCCCCAUGUCCCACGGUGCCUUCUGGUUUCCCCUCACCUUGUACAGAAGUCGAUGUGCAUCUCUUGCUGAAAGUGGAGGAAAUAUGUUUAAUGCUGCUGGAUCCACCAUUCCAAAGCUGCCAUGACUUUGUCAGCCCCUUGUCCUACAUGGCCAGCUGCUUCAACGACAUCUGCUUGUCAGGUCCAACUGAUGAUGCGGUAUGUCAAGUGUUUACGGAGUACUCCCGAGCCUGUGCCCAUGCUGAUCAUCCCCUGAGCAGUUGGAGGGACCAUAUUCCUCAGUGUGUGAAGGAGUGUCCUGAAGGUCUGCAGUACCUUGAAUGUAUCAGCUGUUGCCCAUCAUCCUGCAAGCAAGAGCGAACAUGCAUCGAUAGCAGGCUGGCCUGCCUGGAUGGAUGUUAUUGUCCCAAUGGUUUGAUACUUGAGGACGGCAGCUGUGUGAUGCCUUCUGACUGUCCCUGUGAGUAUCAUGGCGUGUCCUACCCAUCUGGACAAAUCGUACAAGAGGAAUGUAGAAACUGCACAUGUGUAGCUGGAUUGUGGAACUGCACCGAAUACAACUGCCCAGGUGAAUGCUCUGUGACUGGCGAUAUCUAUUUCCAGUCAUUCGAUGGGCGUAUCUACACCUUUCCAGCAACGUGUCAGUACGUCCUUGCCAAGAGUCGCAACUCAGGGAAGUUCACCGUCACCAUCCAGAAUGCCCCUUGUGGAGCUAAUCUAGACGGGUCUUGCAUCCAAUCUGUCAAUUUAGUUAUUGACGAGGAUGCUAGAAUGGAGAUUACACUGAGCCACAAUGGUGAGGUCUUCAUUGCCGGACAUUACCGCAUCUCCCUGCCCUACUCUGACGACAACUUCCACAUUCAGGAGCUGUCGUCUAUGUUCCUCCAAGUGAAGACGAUGUUUGGCCUCCGUCUGCAGUACGCCUGGAAGGAGUUUCGUCUCUACCUGCAGGCCAGCGCACAAUGGAAGGAUGACACAGUGGGACUUUGUGGAACCUUCAACGGCAACAUUCAAGAUGACUUCUUGUCCCCUUCUGGGAUGAUAGAAAGCACUCCUUUACUGUUUGGAAAUGCUUGGAAGGUCUCGUCAGCUUGUACACUCAGCUUGAUCCCUCCUCAGCUUGACCCUUGCGACACACACCAACAAGCCGUGGCCUAUGCAUCCGAGAUGUGUGAUGUUCUGAACCAGGAUCUUUUCUCCCCCUGCCAUGAGUACCUCAGUCCAGUGCCAUUUCACCAGCAGUGCCGCUCAGAUACCUGCAAAUGCGGAACAGCUUGCUUUUGCUCUGCUCUGGCUCACUAUGCUCGCCACUGCCGCAGAUUCUCCAUCCUCAUUGAUUUCCGAUCACGUAUAGAUGAUUGUGCGGUCACCUGCCCCACCACCAUGCAGUAUGGUAUGUGUGUGUCAUCGUGCCAACGCCGCUGCUCAGCCCUCUCGUCUUCGCAGCACUGUGGGAGGGAGUGCGAAGAAGGCUGCGUCUGCCCACUGGGAUUAUUCUACGACCAGCGAACACACGCCUGCGUGCACAGGAAUGAGUGUCCCUGCACUUUCCUCGGUGCUGAAUAUGAACCAGGAGACGUGAUCAUGACAUCAGCAGGUGUUCAGUUGUGUCUGGAUGGUAUAUUUGUGUCACAAACAACAGACGGGGACAGCUUAUGCCCUGUGAGUCAGUUUUACCACAACUGCUCUGAUGGAGAGAAUGGCCUCCUUCCAGGACGAGGUGUGGCCUGUGAGCGCACUUGUGAAUCUUACCUCCUCAACCUGACCUGCUCAGCACAUGAGCCAUGUGCCAGUGGCUGUACCUGCCCUUCGGGCUUAUUGAAACAUGGAGACGAGUGCUUUGAGCCUGAGGCCUGCCCUUGUCUGUGGAAAGGAAAAGAGUAUUACCCCGGUGACAAAGUGUCUUCCCCCUGCCAUCAGUGUGUUUGCCAGCAUGGGACAUUCCAGUGUGUGUUUCGUCCAUGUCCAUCCAUGUGCACAACUUACGGAGAUCGUCAUUACCGAACUUUUGAUGGCCUGCUGUUUGACUACAUUGGGGCUUGUCAAGUAUAUCUUGUAAAGAGUAGUGCUGAUUUGAUUCUCAGUGUGACAGCAGAAAACAUUGAUUGUUUUGGCAAUGGCAUAAUCUGCAGGAAAUCACUAUUGAUCAACAUUGGAAGAUCCUUCCUAACUUUUGAUGAUGACACUGGGCAGCCUAACCCAACUAGUGUCCUUGGAAGGAAUCAGAAGAUGAUCAUCUGGCCUGCCGGCUACUUCACUGUGAUUCAUUUCCCAGAGGAGGACAUCACCAUUCUAUGGGACCGUAAAACCACCAUCCACAUCCAGGUUGGACCUCAUUGGCAGGGGAAGCUGAGUGGUCUCUGUGGAAACUUUGACUUGAAGACAGUGAAUGAGAUGCGCACACCCGACAACAUUGACACAACAAGUCCACAAGAGUUUGGUAACAGUUGGACGGCAGUUGAGUGUGUGAAUGGUCCAGAUAUGAGACACCCAUGCACUCUAACUCCACUCAAAGAGCCAUUUGCCAAGCAGCAGUGUGCUGUUCUGCUCAGUGAAGUCUUCCAGGCCUGCCACCCAGUGGUGGAUGUCACCUGGUUCUACAUGAACUGCCUGGCAGACACAUGUGGCUGCAAUCUUGGAGGGGACUGUGAAUGUUUUUGCACGAGUGUGGCAGCGUAUGCCCAGCGUUGCUGUCACCAAGGAAUUCCUGUCGAUUGGCGCUCGCCCUCUCUGUGCCCACACGACUGUGAAUUCUACAACAAAGUUCUUGGGAAAGGCCCUUUCAGGUUGCUGCCCUUCAGAGAUCGGACUUCGUUGCUUGUUGCCAGCAGGUCCAGCGGCUCAGUGUUUGUGAAGCGAGGAAACCUGAGUGACGCCCUCUCACAUUUUAUGAUGACACCAGGCCUGAGCAGAGCCCGACCACAUGAUACAUCACGGAUAUCCUUUGAGGCAGCACACAGGCCCAAUCACUUUCUGUUUGUGAGCCCCAGUGGCCAGGUGAAGCUGGUCAAGUGGGAGCAAAGUGAGGCUUUCUGGGAUGGAGCCACCUUUGUGCUCCACAGGGACACCUGGCUCUCAGGGUAUGACUCCCUGGAGUCCCACGCAAAGCCUGGAUUCUUCUUACAUGCCACCCUCCCUCGCCUCCACCUGCUCAAAUAUCGUCACACUGACAGCUUCCGCAAGGCCACUCUUUUCAAACUCGCAGGCUCUGGCUCAGAUGCCCUCCCUCAUCCCCAGUGCCAGUGGAGAUAUGACUCCUGCAGCAGCCCCUGUUUCAAGACCUGCAGCGACCCAUCAGCAGAAGCCUGUGUGGCCAUCCCACAAGUCGAGGGCUGUCUUCCUGUUUGCCCCCCACAAAUGGUCCUGGAUGAAGUAACUCGUCGUUGUGUCUUUGUCGAAGACUGUAUAAAAGCCCCAGUUAUUUUGCCACUUGCGACUACGUCCUCCACAACAGCCACUGCGUUACUCAAGACAACUAUUGUCCCAUCUGCCCCUUCUCAGUCUACUCCUACCCCAAAAUUCACAGUUCCCGCUCUGAGCACAGCAACAUCUGCUCCAAUUUCUGAUGAGUCAAGCAGACCAAGCCUCCCCUCGCCUCCUGCAAUUCCUGAACCUUCCAAAACACCAGCACCUCUUUUGCCUUUGCCCCCCACUGUAAGGCCUGAGUUGGAAGAACCUCCGUCGACUCUAAAAAUGACCGAAGCCCGUACCACUGCUGAGAGUGCUACCAUGAGUCCCUUUGGAUCCAGCACCUUCAGUUUGAGCACAACUCCCUUUGCAAUCACUUCUCUUUUCCGGCAAACUUCCUCCACCAGGCCCACUGAUGCCCUCCGGCCACGCUUCACCCCAAAAUCCACACCCACUACAGCAGUAACUACAAGUUCUACUGAGGGGCCAUCAUCCACUUUUCCGCUUGCCACCAAGGAGUCCACAGAGACGACACAUUCAUUUGUGGUAUUCCCAUUUGGAACCACUUCUCAAACUCCCCCAGCUUCAGAGAGUUCUAUAGUGACUGAACGGACUACCAUGCCCAGAUCUACUGACACUACAUCCACAGAAUCUAUGAGCACAAAACCUUUGACAUUGGGGAGAACUCCCCCAAGGUCUCCAAUUGCAACCAUCGCUCCUGAUUUACAAAGCACUGCCUCUUCAACCACUUCCUCACUGCUUACCACACCUCCUGUCAAAACAGCAACCGUGUCUAGGGCAACAGUCACUUCAGCGACAACCACAGAUGCAGUCACUCCUGUUGAACCCUUUACAACCAGCACAACAACACAGUUCCUUAGUCCCAAGACAAUGGCUCCUCCCGUUUCUAAGCUUACCACUGUGAAGGUAUUUUUAACCACCCCAGCUGCUCCUGAGAUACCAACAUCAUUGCCAGUCCAAGUCAUGCUGACUUCAACUGUGCCCAGUCCUCCUUCGUCUACCUCAGACCGGCAAGCAACACCAAAGACAACAACCACACUUGAAUCUCCUGUGUCCAAAGCGACUGCUGCCACCUUAUCAACGACUGAGCCACCCCCUCAGCGUACAACCACAAUUUCUGGGUCUACUUCCACUCAGUCUACAACUUCAAGACCUCCAAAAAUAACUGUAGCCACCACUGUAGCCACUAGCCCAAUUUUAUCAGCAAAAUCAACUGUACCACCACUUAUCCCCAAGGAAACGGUUGUUCCCCCACUAUCACCAAGCACCACCACACAGUCCUCACGGCCAUGGCGUCCUCCCCAUUUCUUCACCUCUUCCAGCCAGUUGUACAGUCCUACAACAAAGACAACACCACAGCGCACCUCUCAGACUGUUGGAGACAUGGUCAGUUCGACUAAAACAACUGAACUGCCUCGGCUUCCAGUGUCAAGGCCAGUCAUCACCUCUGCUGCACUAGCUGCAUUCACAGCCAUGACUGCUCAGACUACAUCUCAUAGGGUGUCUACUGGUGAAUUUACGACCAAGACACAGGUUACAACAGUGCGCCCCCCAAGACCCGAUGUUCCUGAUACGUCUCUCACCACAGGACCUACAAGAGCUGCCACUGUCACCACCACCGUCAGACCUGUUACAGUCCAACCCGUCACUGUGACAACACACACAGUAACGGGCCGACCGGAAUUUACAAGAGACACAAUCCCACCAAUCUUAUCUGUCUCUCUACCUGACAUGACUUCUUCAACAUCAAGAAAAACAACUUCCACUGACAAGGUCACCGAACGUCUUGUUUCAACUGUUACAUCUACAUCUGGUGAAACAACUACAACUGCAAUCACACAGAUGACCUCUACCAGACCGACACCGAGAGUUCCGGUGACUAUGGAAACAAGACCGCUGGCAGCAACCACCAAACCAACCAGCUCAACAACUGCAUUUGGAGUUCCAUCUCUAACUAUACCCACCACACCAGCAGAAGCAUUGACCACAGUGAGCACACCAAAAGCAACACCUCCUGAAGCCAUAACCGCAAUGCCCACCACAGUGGCCCCACUUCCCAUGCCUGAGCCAACCAUACCAAUCUCCGGCCUGACAACCCUCGAAUCUGAGGCGGCACCAGUCUCUACCCAACCAAUGACAUCUCCACCACUUGAUAUAACUGUCCAGACUCAGAAACCUGGUGUUCUUAUUCCUGGCAUAACGUCCAUCCCUGUAACCAGAAGGAUCCAGACAACUGUGCUGGAUAGGAUGAAUCGCACCAGUCCUGGUGUAACAACACCUUUUGCGCCAGUGGAAAAAACAAAGUCCACCUCAGAAAGCAUAACGUCCAUGGCUGUAUCAUUCACAAGGAUGUGCACGCCUCCGUAUGCAGAGAUAGUUGAUGAGUGCACCAAGUUCAUCUGUGUCAACAACCAGCUCGUCUUGUUCAACAAGUCCCAAAGCUGCCCCUUCUCCUCCGAGCCGGUCAACUGUGGCUUGCUUGGCUUUGCCAUACUGGUCAACGGUGACAAAUGUUGCCCCCAGUGGGACUGUCCAUGUCGCUGCUCUGUGUUUCCAGACUUGAAUGUGAUCACGUUUGAUGGAAACAGUGUUGCCAUCUAUAAAGCUGCCUGGUUCAUAGUCACUAAGCUACCCAAUGAGACAGUCAGUGUUCUGAUACAGGAGUGCCCUGAUGCAUCCGAGUCGCCACUUAGGUGGAAUUUUACAAACCUGUGUCUAGUGGCACUCAACAUCACCCACAAUUCCAACCACAUCGUCAUUGACAGGCUCCAGAGGAGGCUCAAUGUCAACUCACGGUAUGCCAGGCCUCGUUUUAAAAAGUUUGGUUUUGAGAUCUACGACACGGGCAACAUGUAUCUGAUCCGAAGCCCGGCUGGUCUCCAGCUGCAGUGGUAUCACAGCACUGGAAUGAUGGUGAUCGACAGUGACAGCCCCAGCAAGAAGCUGCCCACUAGGGGCCUUUGUGGUUUCUGUGAUGGAGACCCAAGUAAUGACCUGACUCUGGCCAAUGGCACCGCUGUGGGGAGGAAUGAGGAUCCAUCGGCAUUCAUCGACAGCUGGCAGGUUCCCAAUACCACCAGCUAUGUCAGUCAUAGUCGGCGGAGAGAGUUCAACUGCUCCACCAGUGACUGCUCCCGGUGCCUGGUCAUGCUGCAGAAACCGGCCUUCUUCCCAUGCCACGCCUAUGUCUCCCCAAGUACUUUUUGUGAGGUUUGGGUCCGAGAUGUGGAGUAUGUGAACAACCAGUGUGUGUCACUGGCUGCCUACGUAGCCUCUUGCCACAAAUUCAACGUCUGUAUCGAGUGGAGGAGAACAGAUUUCUGUCCCUUCACGUGCCCUGAAACUCUGCGCUAUCAAGCCUGUCUGCCGGCCUGCACGUCUCAGUCAUGUCCCAACCAGGAUUUUGAUUUCGAACCAGCCCACUGCUCAGGCCUUACCGAGGGCUGUACCUGCCCCGAAGGAACUUUGCUCCAUCGGCCAUACACUGCCCUCUGCAUACCCUCCAGCAAGUGUGCCUGCACUGACAGUUCUGAGGUUCCACGUGCACACGGCGAAGUGUGGAAGGCCUCGAAGGACUCCUGCUGUAUGUACCGCUGCGACAAGGACACAGUCAUCCCUGUGGAGUACAACUGUUCCACCACCACGGCGCCUGUGUGCCAGCGAACAGGGGAGGUUGUUGUCAGCCUGGCGGAUGACACCAAUUGCUGCCCCCGAAAAGUCUGUGUGUGUAAUCUGACUCAUUGUGAGCUCCUGCCUCCGGUCUGUAACUAUGGGGAGAAGCUGGUGUCAUACUACCAAAAGGACUCGUGCUGUCCAGAUUACGUGUGUGAGUGUGAUCCCACAAGUUGCGAGGCAGAGAUUCCCACCUGUCGAAGUGACCAGUUCUUAAUCGCAGCCAGAGCUGAUGAUAGCUGCUGCCUGACUCACAUCUGCGUCUGUUCAUCUUGUGUGGACACGCCUCCACUGUGUCGGGAUGGGGAAGUUCUGACUGUGAGCCGGGACACCGCGGACCGCUGCUGCCCCACCUACCAAUGUGUAUGUGAGCCCUCCAGGUGUCCUCAGCUCAGCUGCCCGUUUGGGAUGUCACUGGUGUCAGUGUCCAGUUCAGAUCACUGCUGUCCCAACUACACAUGCGUGUGUUCCUGUGACCAGAUUACGCCUCCUAAAUGUGAAAUGGGAGAGGUUUCUCAGCUGGAGCAGGCCUUGCUGUCUGACUCACAGAAUCAAUGUGGCUGCAAAAGAUACAAGUGUGUGCGAGAGGCAGUGUGUGUGUACCAGGGCGUGGCACAGGGGGUGCUGCGGCCCGGUCAGACCCUGGUGGAACAUCGCGAGGACGGUUUAUGUUACAGUCGACAAUGCAGCCGCGUCAUGGACAUGUCAAGUGGUUAUCACGUACUGCGGACCAGCACCACCAACUGCUCUGCCCUCUGCCAGCUCAAUCAGAUCUACAGCCCUGCAAAAGACCAGUCAACAUGCUGUGGUGUUUGUAAGAAUAUAUCCUGCCUCUACACUCAUGAGAAUGGGUCGACUGUUCUCUAUAAGCCAGGGAAAUCAUGGGUGUCCAACUGCCUCAAGUUUGAAUGCACAGACACUCGAUCUGGCCCGACAAUGAUCUCCUACCCCUUCAGCUGUCCCACCUUCAAUGAAACAGAGUGUAUCAAGAUUGGAGGAACUGUCGUAAGUUACAUGGACGGAUGUUGCAAGACAUGCAAAGAAGAUGGCAAGUCAUGUCAGAAGGUGACAGUGAGGAUGACUAUCAGGAAGAAUGACUGUCGCAGUAACAGACCGGUCAACAUUGUGUCAUGUGACGGCAAGUGUCCGUCUGCCAGCAUCUACAACUACAACAUCAACACGUACGCUCGUUUCUGCAAGUGUUGUCGGGAGAUGGGGCUGCAGCGGCGCUCUGUGCAGCUCUACUGCAGUGGCAACUCCACCUGGGUCAGCUACAGCAUUCAAGAGCCCACCGAUUGCUCCUGCCAGUGGUCCUAGAACGCAUAUUGCAACGACGCCCCCCGCCCCCACGCAUAGGUUCAGGUCCUACCUACAGAACCUCAGCAGAGUAUUCAAACAAUCUUUUGGCUGUCAUUAUACUGUGCAAAAAACGUUGCAUCUCUGGCAGGGAAGUGAUCGGUGCAGAAGCAUCAAGCUGGCAGCUGCAAACACAUAGCGCACUGUGACAUUUGACCUCUGACCUCCAAAGGGCUAGAGAGAGACACAUUUACAUUGCAGGGUUAGAAAUAGUCACAGAAAAGAGUAGUUAAAGAGGAGCCCCACCACUGCCCCCCUCCACCUCCAAAACAACGACUUAAGCUUCA